AGCAUAUUGCGGCUCAUUUAGCCUGGUCAUCCGAACAACAUGGCCUCACUGCAAUCCUCAACCUCAAACAUCUCUCUGUCCUCCGCUUCUAACACCCAGAUAAUGUGCAGUCUCCCACCUCGGAUGAGCUGCCAUUGUUCUCCUCACACAUGCGGAGAAUUUCUAUUGAUCCCCUUGGGAUGACAUCCCCCAGGAGCGCGACUUUUACGGCCGCAAAGAGGAGAAGGGGACCUUGGUAUACUUCGAGACCGAGACUUUUGGCGACGAUCUUUGUGUUUGGCCUUUUGUAUUUGUAUCUCAAUUUUGGCGGGACUCCUGUCUUGAUACCAGAGGAUUCGUACCAGACGUUGGCGGAUGAUUCUUUAAGGGAUAUUUUGAAUUCUACGCUUGGGUUCCAAAAAAUAUUGGUGUUAAAUCUUCCCUUCCGGACUGACCGCCGCGAUGCUAUAACACUGGCGGCCGCAACAAGCAACAUCCAGCUUGAUUUCGUUGACGGUGUGACCGGAGACAGCAUCCGCCAGAGCGCUUACCCUCCUCCUGAAGAAAAUAUAAAACUACCAGUAGGGAUAAGAGGUAGUUGGCGAACCCACAUGAAUGCACUGCAAAGAGUUGUCGAACAAAAUCUUACCACAGCAUUGAUAUUAGAGGACGACGUGGACUGGGACGUGCGAGUCCGUCAAAACAUGCAACGAUUCGCCCUAGCAUCACGCUUUCUAUCAGAAAACAAAGACGUCCUCUCUUCGUCCCCCCAAUACCGCCUCGAAAGCCGCCCCAACCCCGAGACGCCAGAAACUGCCUUCCACAUCCUCUCGGAAAAUGGCAUCACCGAGAAACUCCCCUCAUUGCCUCUAUCCUCCGCGUACCGAAAACCCCUCCGCUAUCCGCGCCCCCAUCCAAACGGCCCAACUUCUCCCUACGGCGACCCAGCAGAAUGGGACGUCCUUUGGAUUGGUCACUGUGGAGCAGGAUUUCCCCGCUACUCGACUUCGUCGAAGAAAACGGACGUCACCACUUCCAACGUGCUCCUCACUCUACCAAAUGACAAGACAGUCCCGAUACCCAAAUACCUCAAAGCCCAUCCCUUCCAAGGCGACAAUGAUCCACUCGCGGCUGCUUACCCACCCCACACCCGGAUCUACCACCGUGCUAGCGGCGGUGAACUCUGCACCGUUGGAUACGCCGUCAGCCAGCGGGGCGCACGACGCCUCCUUCAUCAAUUUGGCGUGAAGAACUGGAACGGGAUUUUCGACUCCGAGCUCGGGAAGUGGUGUGCAGGGGAAGAUUCCGCACCCUCUUCCGCCAACAUUGCUAAAGAGACGAAGUCUCAAACUCCUCUUCUUCAUCGAUCAGGGAAGGUGAAGGCGAGGGAAAGAGUGUGUCUCGCGAGUCAACCUCCAAUUUUCGCACACCAUCAUCCAAUGGAUGGGGAGAGUGAUAUUGGGGGUUUAGGAGGGGGGUAUGCGACUAAGUAUGAGACUAAGUAUUUGAGGUAUAGUGUAAGGAUGAAUUUGGAGAGGAUCGUGAGGGGGGAGAAGGAGCUUGUGGAUCAGUGGCCGGAUGAAUGAGGCGGGAGGGGAGUGGAUGUCACAGAGCGAGG